CACAAGGAGCAGUAACAAAGCAUUCAGCUUGAUCUGCUCAGUCCUCAUAAAGUGAUCAUCACAAAUCCUUGAAAGACAUGUGGACUGACUGCGUUGCUCAAGAUGAAAACUCACUGGCCAGCAGGAUUGCAGGGCGCAGGAAGAGAACCUGUUUCACUAAAGACCACUUGGAACUUCUAAAAAUGGCUUUCAGCGUGGAUCCCUACCCUGGGAUUAGUGUCAGAGAAAGUCUGUCUCAAGCCACAGGCCUACCAGAGUCCCGUAUUCAGGUAUGGUUCCAGAACAAGAGAGCCAGAACCCUAAAGAACAGAGCCACUUGGACCUCACCACAGCUGGAUAGUCCCUCUCCUCUGCCCAGCCCUUUUCUACCUCCUCACAAAACUAGUGUUGGGUUCAAUGGCCAACAAAGAGACAUUCAAGAGACAUCAUUCAACAUUCAGACAGCUCAAUCAUCUCCACAGCACUUUACCUUUCCUCCAACUGACUACAGCACACCUGCCAUUAAGCCACGACAAAACAGGCUGAUGGGAACCAGUUCUUGUUCCCCCUCUUGGUCCUCUGAUCUGCAGACUGUGGCAGACAGCUGGAGCUCUGGAGGAAGCACACAGUCCUCUCCUGAGUCUACAUGGAAUCUACCAGCACAGAGCUUUGGGAAUUCCUACAAGAAUGAGAGCCAUUUAUUCCACCACCCACCACAUCCUUAUCAUCAUGGAAGUGCCACAUUUGGGUGUGUUAGUGGCCUGGAGUCACUUCCCAACUCUCCUGCCUCAUCUGACUCUGCAUUUUGGGACAUGGGAAUGGAAAAUUGCUCUCAAUCUGUGCCAUACACUGACUGUGACAGCCCGUGGGACAUGCUCGCUGAGGAGCAUCCUGUGGCCCCACUUCCAGAUCUGUCCUCUCAGUAUCUGGAGGAUGUCCUUGGAGAAAUGAAGCCAGCCUGGUGGAGCUUCAGUGGUGAGAUGGAUCUACAGUAAUAUUGCAAACAUCAAUAACCUAAGGAGAAAAACACUGCUUUGAUUUAAAGGAUUUCUUUUGAACUGUAUUACAAAUGAAGCUUGGUUUUGUGCAAGUUCCGGUUACAGAGCAAUAUCAGAUAUCCACAUUGGACUUUUUUAUUGAUAUUUUCUACCAAGGAGUAGAUUGGAAACAGUAUGGUUACAUCAGAAAGUAAUUUAGAACUUAUUUAUUCUUUAUGCUCUUUUAAGGUAUUACAGUACAGUUAGGAUAUUUAUUUCUAUAUUUAAUUAUGCUCACACAACCUAUACUGUCACUUUGUAAAGUAAUAGAUAUUUAUUUGAAAUAAAAUGUCAC